ACUCGUGAAAAUUGCAGUCACAGGGACAGUUUCGUAAAUUGAUCCAGCCAAAUAAGCCCUACAAGACGCCCCAAAAUGCUUAACCCUACAGCCGCUUCUUCCACUGCUCCAAGCUUCCAGCUACCAGACGUAGCCUCCGUUUCUGCCCUCCGUAGCUUGCAUUUGGAAGAAUGGUGAGAGUCAGUGUUUUAAAUGAUGCUCUGAAGAGCAUGUAUAAUGCAGAGAAGAGGGGUAAACGACAGGUUAUGAUCAGGCCAUCCUCAAAAGUGAUCAUCAAGUUUCUUUUGGUCAUGCAGAAGCAUGGUUAUAUUGGAGAGUUUGAGUAUGUUGAUGAUCACAGAGCUGGCAAAAUUGUGGUUGAACUGAAUGGGCGGUUGAACAAAUGUGGAGUUAUUAGUCCUCGCUUUGAUGUUGGAGUCAAAGAGAUUGAAGGUUGGACUGCUAGAUUGCUUCCUUCAAGACAGUUUGGAUAUAUUGUGCUGACAACAUCUGCUGGUAUCAUGGAUCAUGAAGAAGCUAGGAGAAAGAAUGUUGGAGGCAAAGUACUUGGUUUCUUUUAUUGAUAAUGAUAAGAGUUUUUUGGGAUAAUUUUUGGCUUACUGCUGAGUAGUUUAUCCAACUAUCCCAAUUUUCAUUUUAAAUGUUUAUGAUGUUAUUAUUUUGUAUCUGAGGGAAACUUUUCCUUUGGUUAUGACUUGAGAUUAUGUACUAUGCCAUCUGAGAUUUUGAGUAGUCGAACCUGAAGUUGUUGCCUGAUAAA